CCGUUAAGCAUUACAUGUUUGUUAAUGAUUUAUUAAUUAAAGUUAUUAUAAAGUGUUACCAACUUUUGGUAACUUUAAGUUCAGUUUUCAAUUUAGCUAUAAAGUGGCAUCCUUCCUCUAGCAGAUGUCGCAACAAAGGAGGAGAGCAGCAGUUUUCUCGCCGUGGCUUGCGUUCACAUUACGCUGCCUGUAUAAAGCUGUGUCAGAAUGAAAGUGAUCUUCACAUUGUACGGUGAAAACGGUUCCCAUCAAAAGACAGCCCAUCUGGAGCACAUCACCGCUGCUGUUGCACCAUCUGCGGUCGAAACAAUAGUAGUUCACAAGGAUGAUUGUUGUAUUCUUACUGUUUUUCGGAGGCGAUAGAUUUCUUCAGUGGAUUUGGGACUUAAUAUAUGCGGAACGUCAUUUGCUCCUCAUGUCACCCCACUUUAGCGUGUGCGCAGCUUUCAGCACUCAUCUCAUCUUCUCUGCUCCCUUCAUGCUUCUGGAUGUCUUCAGUCCACAUGUGGGAUGGCUCCAAAAGUACAGGAUACGCCGUGAAGUCGUUGGCUUGCAUCAGUGGUUUCGAUGUGCUACUCGAAUUUUAUGGAAAUACAUCGUUGGCGUUUUACCAUUUACUGCGCUGUUUCUGUCGCUUCGGCGCACGCAUUUCCCGGAGAAAGCGCCGUCCUCUUUCCAUGCCUUCAGGGAAUGUGUCUCAUGCAUGCUCGUAUUCGAUGCGCUCUUCUUCAUUUCUCAUUACACCACUCACAAGAUUCCCUGGCUAUACCACAACAUCCACCGCAUUCACCAUCAGAACAGGGACACUUUUGCUCUGGCAGCUCAAGACUCCAGUAUUUCUGAACUGUUGUAUCUACAAACCCUUGCAUUUACAAGUGCCAUGCUUGUGGGCUGCCACCCUUUUAGCGAAAUCCUUUUCCAUCUGGUUAACACCUGGAUGGCUGUGGAGGACCACUGUGGAUAUGAAUUUCCUUGGGCACUGCAUCGGUUGUUGCCGUGCUUUGGCGGGGCGCCGCACCACCUGGCCCACCAUCAGCACUUUAAAGGGAACUUCGCCCCUUACUUCAGACACUGGGAUUACAUCUUCGGGACCUCAUUGCCCAUUUCAGCAAAUGAGUGAGACAAUAGAAAGGAUGAAUCCAGGUUAACUGAGACAUUAUAUGACAGUGAGAAUGAGAGUAUUAAAAGUAUCUGAAGUACCUAUUGUAUCUGAUUUCACUCUAUAUGAACUGACAUAUAAUAACCAAGUUUUUGCUUUUCUUCUUAUCAAAUUUAAGCCAUUACCUCAAGGUAAUUCUGUUUAUAAUAAUCAGAAAGCUUAGAUUCUUGGCUUGAUUUUGUACUCAGCUUAAACUGUGUAGAUGUCUUAUGUAUGUUGACUUUUUCAUGUUGUAUAUUUAUCAAGUGUUUUUAGUUAUUUUGUUAAGGUUUGAUAACAUGCAUUAAACACAUCUCUUUUACAAA